CUUACUGAGCUGUCCCACACCUUCCACUCAGAGGUGGCAGCGUCCAACCCGUCUGUCAGUCCCGUCCCAUCACCUCAGUCCUGACCUGUUCCACUGUGGCCCUGGGACUCAGCGCUGCUGUCAUCAACACCACAGCCAGGCAUGAUGGACGGUCCUCGUUCGGACGUGGGCCGCUGGGGGGGGAACCCCUGGCAGCCCCCUAGCACACCUUCUCCAGAGCCAGAGCCAGAGCCAGACAGACGUUCUCGAGGAGGAGGCCGAUCCUUCUGGGCUCGCUGCUGUGGCUGCUGCUCGUGCCGGAAUGAAGUGGAUGAUGACCGGAGGCCUGAGCCCUCUGGGAGCCGGAGACCUGACUCUUCUCGGGGCUCAGACUCUCCUCGCAGGCCCGGCUCGGGGGGCAGUGCUGUGAAUGCAGCGGGAGACGGCACUAUCCGAGAGGGUAUGCUGGUGGUGACCGGUGUGGAUUUGCUGAGCUCGCGCUCAGACCAGAACCGCCGAGAACACCACACGGACGAGUUCGAGUAUGAGGAGCUGAUUUUGCGCCGCGGGCAGCCUUUCCGCAUGGUCCUCUUCCUGUCCCGGCCCUAUGAGUCCUCCGAUCGGAUCACCUUGGAGCUGUUCAUUGGAAACAACCCCGAGGUGGGCAAGGGCACCCACGUGGUCAUCCCAGUGGGCAAGGGGGGCAGUGGAGGCUGGAAGGCCCAAGUGACCAAAGCUGAUGGGCAGAACCUGAACCUGCGGGUCCACACCUCCCCCAAUGCCAUCAUUGGCAAGUUUCAGUUCACGGUCCGCACGCAGUCAGAGGCAGGGGAGUUCCAGCUGCCCCUUGACCCCCGCAAUGAGAUCUAUAUCCUCUUCAAUGCUUGGUGCCCAGAGGACAUCGUGUAUGUGGAGCACGAGGACUGGAGGCAGGAGUAUGUGCUGAAUGAGUCUGGGAGAAUUUACUAUGGGACCGAAGCACAGAUUGGAGAGCGGACCUGGAACUAUGGCCAGUUUGACCACGGGGUGCUGGAUGCCUGUCUGUACAUCCUGGACCGGCGGGGGAUGCCAUAUGGAGGCCGCGGGGACCCAGUCAGUGUCUCCCGGGUCAUCUCUGCCAUGGUGAACUCCCUGGAUGACAAUGGAGUCCUGAUUGGGAACUGGUCUGGCGAUUACUCCCGAGGCACCAACCCAUCAGCAUGGGUGGGCAGCGUGGAGAUCCUGCUCAGCUAUCUACGGACCGGCUCUUCCGUCCCCUAUGGCCAAUGCUGGGUCUUUGCUGGUGUGACCACCACAGUACUGCGCUGCCUGGGUCUGGCCACCCGGACAGUCACCAACUUCAACUCUGCACAUGACACUGACACGUCCCUCACGAUGGACAUCUACUUUGAUGAGAACAUGAAGCCGCUCGAGCACCUGAACCAUGAUUCUGUUUGGAACUUUCACGUGUGGAAUGACUGCUGGAUGAAGCGGCCGGAUCUGCCCUCCGGCUUCAAUGGCUGGCAGGUUGUGGACGCCACGCCCCAGGAGACCAGCAGCGGCAUCUUCUGCUGUGGCCCCUGCUCUGUGGAGUCCAUCAAGAAUGGCCUGGUGUACAUGAAGUAUGACACACCCUUCAUUUUUGCUCAAGUGAAUAGUGACAAGGUAUACUGGCAAAGGCAGGAUGAUGGCAGCUUCAAGAUUGUGUACGUGGAGGAGAAGGCCAUUGGCACACUCAUCGUCACAAAGGCCAUCAACUCCAACAUGCGAGAGGACAUCACUCACCUCUAUAAGCACCCAGAAGGCUCAGAAGCAGAGCGGAAGGCCGUGGAGACGGCAGCUGCCCAUGGCAGCAAACCCAAUGUGUAUGCCACACGGGACUCGGCUGAGGAUGUGGCCAUGCAGGUGGAGGCACAGGACGCAGUGAUGGGGCAGGACCUGUCAGUCUCUGUGCUGCUGACCAAUCGCAGCAGCAGCCGCCGCACUGUGAAGCUGCACCUCUACCUCUCAGUCACUUUCUACACCGGUGUCACUGGGACCAUCUUCAAGGAGACCAAGAAGGAAGUUGUGCUAGCACCAGGAGCCUCGGACCGUGUGGCCAUGCCUGUAGCCUACAAGGAAUACCGGCCCCACCUCGUGGACCAGGGGGCCAUGCUGCUCAACGUCUCAGGCCACGUCAAGGAGAGUGGGCAGGUGCUAGCCAAGCAGCAUACCUUCCGUCUGCGCACCCCCGAUCUGUCCCUCACCUUACUGGGAGCAGCAGUGGUUGGCCAGGAAUGUGAAGUCCAGAUCGUCUUCAAGAACCCCCUGCCUGUCACCCUCACCAACGUCGUCUUCAGGCUCGAGGGCUCUGGGUUACAGAGAUCCAAGAUCCUCAAUGUUGGGGACAUCGGAGGCAAUGAGACAGUGACACUGCGUCAGACAUUUGUGCCUGUGCGACCAGGCCCCCGCCAGCUUAUCGCCAGCUUGGACAGCCCACAGCUCUCCCAGGUGCAUGGUGUCAUCCAGGUGGACGUGGCUCCAGCCCCCGGAGGUGGAGGAUUCUUAAAUGCUAGAGAGGACAGUCACUCAGGGGAGACCAUUCCUAUGGCAUCUCGAGGCGGAGCUUAGCGCUGGACCAGGAGCGAUGGGACUGGAAUCAGAUGACCAAAGACACUGCCCCCAAAUGGGGGCCUGCCACAGAGUGGCACCCCAGGCACUGAGAUGGGAAAGCCAGGGCAACUGAGGAGGAAGCCAAUCUUCACUUGCACUGGGUGGCAUGGAUGCUAAUAAACUGUUUUUUA